UAAACAAUAAUAAUAAAUAAUAAUAUUGUGACAUUUUGGUUUUUAAUUUUAAAAAACAAUUUCAAUUAGUUAUUGUAAUUGUAUUUCGUAUGUAUAACUUGUAUAUAAGUAUAACUUCGUUGAAUACAAAGUAAACAUAUUUUAAUAGAUCACAGAAUAAUGGACACAGAUGAUGGAACCAUUCACAAACAAAAAGAUGUUGAAAAUACAAAUAGUUCAGAAUCUCCAGUUCUGUUAAAAAAAAAAUCAAAAGGACGAUCAUUAAGGAAAAGAAUAGAUGAUGACGAACAAGAAGAUGAUAUGAAUGUAUUUAGUAAACUUGAAGAAAUGAAAACUAUGCAAAAACUCAGAGACAGGCCUAAUGGUGUUAAUAUCAUAAGCCUCGCAUUAGGGGAAAAACUUUCUCAUGAAGAAGAAAAAUUAAUGGUUGAUCCAUUUAAAGUAAAAACUGGUGGAUUAAUAAAUAUGAAUGCUUUAAAAACUGGACAAGUAACUCAAGUAGAUGAUGCUUAUGAUACUGGGAUAGGAACGCAAUUUUCGGCUGAAACAAAUAAACGAGAUGAAGACGAAGAAAUGAUGAAAUAUAUUGAUGAACAAGUGGCGGUACGGACUGGUCGAACAGUAGAUAUAGAUGAUGAUAAUGUCAGUCUCAAUAAAUCAAAUUAUUGCCCACCAGAAUUGGCAGCUUUACAAGCUGUCCCAUCUCAUUUACGAAACUCCACCACUCACAGAUCUGAAGAAAUGUUGUCAAAUCAAAUGUUGAGUGGUAUUCCCGAAGUAGACUUAGGAAUUGAUGCAAAAAUAAAAAACAUUGAAGCAACCGAAGAAGCUAAAAUGAAAUUAAUACGCGACAAGCGCAAUAAAAAAGAUGGUCCAUCACAGUUUGUUCCCACAAACAUGGCAGUUAAUUUUGUGCAACAUAAUAGAUUUAAUAUCGAGAUAACAGGACCAGAUGGGAAAAAAAAUUAUAAACAACAGCCUGCAGUUAAACAAGAUCAUUCAGAUGAAAAAAAUAUAGAUAAAAGAAAAAAAAAAGAUAAUGCAACUGACGAUUUUCAUUACGAAAGAUUCAAAAAACAGUUUCGUAGAUAUUAAGUUGUUUUUUAUUAUUAGUCUACUAUAUUUUACGUGUUUAAUGUGUAUGUACUAUAAUGUUUAUAAAAAUUAUUAAAAUACACAACUCAACUUGUAUUUAAAUUGUAUAAGUAUUAAGUAUAAAAAACUAAAAGAUGAUGUUAAGAACUUCAUUAACACCCUUAAUAUUAUUGUUUUCAGCUAUUAUCAUUGAUUAAAUAUACAUAUGUAUAUGUAUAUUUAAUCAAUGCUAUUAUGUUUCUUAAAAAAUUUGAAAAAAAAUUUAUUGAACUAAAUAAUGAAAUGUAAAACUCAAUCACCGUCUUAGGUGAGUGCUCCAAACAAAUAGAAGAAGACUGAAUAUAUCAUGAUUUAUGAAUUAAAAUAAUGUGUGUGGGGCAAAUAAAAAUAAUAAUUUUAUAUAUUUUAAUAUAUUAAAUGUAUAAAUGUUUUUUAUAUUAUAAUGUUUGAUGUAUAAUGUAUUUUAUAGUACCUAUUAUCAUUGAUUUUGAAUACAAGUAUUACUAAUAAUAUGUACUUAGUAUUCAUAAUCAAUGCUAUUAUCAUAAUAUAAUAUAGUUACAGUAUAAUGUUCAAGCCACUCAAAGUAUGUGUAUUAUGGUUUGGACACUUGUUUAAAUUUAUGCUAAAAUAAUAAAUGAUAUUAUGGAACACCGUCAGUGUGUCUUUCUGACUAAAUGAUCGUCGCACGUAAA